UUCCAACGUAAGCAAAAAUGAAUCACAACAAUUCAAUGUUCAACUUCAAUCUAAAUCAUUAGAAAUUAAUUCGACUUAUUUCGUAAGGUAUUUAGUAAUAUACAUUAAGAAAUAAAUAAGAGACAGAAGGCUCUUCAAUAUUAAUUAAAAACAUGGAUGCAAGGGCUGCAAAGUUAGCCAAUGCUCGUAAGAAGUUACGAGAUCACCAAGAGAAGAAAAUAAACCAAAAUGAUGAUAGUGGCCAAAAUUCUGAGAGAGAUACUGAACAAAAUUUUGGAGAGACAAAAAGUAGUUUGCUAAAUAAUACCUGUGAUAAUUCACUAGUAAUACCAUCAGAUAUUACUAUCCAAACAAAAGAUGUACCAGACGCAAUUGAAAAUAGUGUAAUCAAUGAUACUGCAAUUAAACAAGGUGUUUCUUGUGUUCAAGACAUACAAACUGAAUAUUUACUUAAUAAUCAAAAAAGCCUUGAAAGUAAAUUAGAAAAUCUUCAAACCCAAUUCUCAGAACUGAAUGAAUGUUAUGUUGCAGAAACUCAAAAGCAUAACCAAGCUAAGAAUAAAAUUUAUAAUUUAGAAAGGGAAGUUGAAAAUAUCACCUUACAAUAUAAUAUUUGUGCAAAAGAAUUACUUAAAAAGGAUGAAUUGAUCAAAGGGUUGCAGUCCAACAUUGAGACCUUAAUAGAUGAUAAUAAUAGUUUGGUUGAGCAAAUAGAGUUUACUAAGUCUCUUUUGAAAACAAAGGAAACAGAAUACGCUAAUCUUCACUCUCAAGCAUGCUCUUAUUACAACCAAUUGGAAACAACAAAGCUACAAAUACAACAACUAACAAGUGACACAAAUGCAAAUGUAAAGAACCUGGAUUUCAUGAAUGAAAAAGAGUAUUUAAGCAAUAACAUAAAUACUUUAGAACAAAAAAUUAGGGCUUUACAACAGGAAAAAGAUACUUUGACAUCACAUUAUGAGCAUUAUGUAAAAGAUUUAAAUGACCAGCUGAAAAAUUCAAUGUUAAGAAAUGAAGAUCUAUCAAAAGAACUUUAUAGACUAAAUGAAAGAGAAAAUUAUCUUGUGGAGCAGAUAGGUGACAUGGAAAUAAGAUUACAGAACUUCAAUAAAAAGGAUUUUGAAGUAGAAACACAAAGUGAUACCACAGAAUUACAAAAACAAAUUGCUAUUUUGGAAGAAAUUGUUGAAGAAGUCAAGAAAAAGUAUAGCCAACUUGAAGACCAGCACCAAGUAUGUCUAUUAAAGAUUCAAGAAUUAGAAAGCAAAGAGAAACCUGAGUGUGAUCAUGAUAAUAUAAGCAUAGAAAAACUUUCUGCAGAUAUAACUAGUGAUAAAAUAGCAGCUCAAAGGGCCACCGAACAAAACUUGCAGCUCAAAUCUGAUAUAGAGGAACUUCAGCAAGUUGUAGUUAAAAUGACAAAAGAUAAACUGGAAUUAACAGAGAUGUUGGCCCAUGAAAAAAUUUUAAAUAAGGAGCUAAUCCUAAAGCUGGCUGAUAUAGAAGAGAAAGCAAAGGAAGUCCAUAAAAAGUUGCAGGCAAAAGAUGUAGAAAUGAUUAGACUCCAAAAUGAAUGGAGGCAAAUGGAACGAAAAAAUUAUUUAUUGCAACAUGAUCAUGUUGAUAUGACAUCUCAUACUGAAGAGAAACAGUCACAGAAUGAUUUGGUAAAUAAACAUGAUGGAGUCAAAGAGGAAGAUAAUUUAAUUGAGACAAACAAUAAUGACAAAGAGAAUGAGAUUCUGCUCAACCAUCAUAAUAAUAUAGACAAAAGAGAAGCAAGCAUAGAGCAAAAAACUAACUGUUGUAUUCCAAAGGUUGAUGCAAUGUCAAAACUACAAGAACGCUUUACCCACAUAAUGGAUGAAGUAGCCAAUUUAUCAGAUGAAAAACACAGACUUGAACAUAUAAUACUGCAACUUCAAAAUGAAACUGAUACAAUUUGUGAAUAUGUGGCUCUGUAUCAACAGCAACGCAGUUUGCUUAGAAAAAGAGACGAGGAGAGGACUCACCAAUUAAAAAUAUUUGAAAUAGAAUGUAAUGAACUUAAAAGACAUUUAGAUGAACUUCAUCAACUAUUUCUCAGAUUGGCAGAAAAUAAUGAAUUUAUAGAGUAUCUUAAUAAAGUAGCUAAAAGUGAUGAGAUGCUACGGAUAAAUGAGCUGCUCGAAACCCUGCAACAAAGUAGAUUGGUCACAAAUAAUUUGAAAAAUUUGGGUUUGGAAAGCUUUUAUCCAUGUAGUUGCUGUUCUGGAAAGUUAAUUGAAGUAUGAAUUACAAUCAAUGUAAUGGUAAUUAUGUAUUAGGUAGGUGAUAUCAUUGUUAUAAUUUACAGGCACUUCUCUGAACACACCAUUAAUACAUAAAAUACCUAUUUAUUAAUACGGCUUUACUCAUGUGUUACGAUUCGAAGGUCGUUUAUUAGGGUGAGUGUGGUGGGUUCGCGAUAAUGUCCUGCCUCUUCCCGGCAAAACGGUUUUACUCACCCAUAAAACGUAAGUAAAGCCGUAUUAAUAAAUAAAUUAAUAAUCACUACAGUCGAACCUGGAUAAGCGAGAGCUCAACUGAGCACAAUCUCAUUCUCGCUUAUAGAGGUUUCUCACUAACCCGGGUAACUAUAAACUGAGUAAGUCCCAAGGUACACAGGCACACAUGUCCAUUUGAAAAGAAUGCGAGAAAACAAUACAAAAACAAUGGUAGAAAGUACUAAGUAGUAAAGAACAGAAUUUAUGACUCAUUCUUAAUGAGUCAUAAAAUAGCAGAUAAUAAAUUAGAUUUGUCAUUUGUUACUGCACGUGUGUAUCUUUUAUGUAUGUAUGUAUUUUUAUUGUAGCUAUAGUUCCUCCUAAAUAAUAUAAAGAAAUAAAGCUCGACUGUCGCUUAUAGAGGUAUAGAUAAGCAGCAGUCUCACUUACAGAGGUUUCUGUUUCUCGCUAAUAGAGGUUUUGGGGGCUUAAAAUGACGGGUCCUGGCUAUUACUCUCACUUAUAGAGUUUUCUCACUUAUCCAGUUCUCGCUUAUCCAGGUUCGACUGUAUUUAAUAAUUAACAAAAUACCUAGGUAAUUUUAUUUAUGAUAUAGAAGAAAAAAACACCUGUCAUACAUUUAUAGGAUCAUAUCGAACCAAUUAUUAAUGUAAAUUGAUAUUUUUGUCUAUUUUUUAAAUAUUCACAUUCAGGUAAACAGAAUGGUUAUUCCAAAAUAGAGAUGCUAGAUCUGUGUACCUAUAUAAAACAAAUGUUGAUUGGCAUAUAAGGCUUGAGUAAGAAAACACAGAUGUUGUGAUUUAGUGUUGAAUAUUUUAGAAACGAAACAUUCUUUGUGCAAUCUAGGUAGGUACUAUAGUACUAUAAAUUUUAUGAUCUAUUCCAAAAUGUUAAUUUACAAUAACAUGUGUAUAGUUAAGUUAUUUUAUACAAUGCCUAAACUUGUGUGAAAUAUUAUUAAUUUUUUUGGUGCAAUGCAUACUGUACCCAAGUAUUUAAUUUACCUGCUGGUCUUCUUCCAAUGUGUAAAGUAAAUUUGUAAUUUUUUUGUUACCUUGUUAUAAAUUAUUUGAUUGGAGUCAGUAUUAUUCUUUUUUUAUGCACCUUGCAUUAAAGAUAACACAAUAAUUAGAACUUGUACUCAAUAGUUAAUGCUAUUUUUGGAUUAUUGGUUAUUAAAUUAUAAUUAGUGUGCCAGGUAGGAUGUAUCCACUCUGUAUAUAGGGCGGCACUGAAAAUUUCGGGAAUCAAGGAAGUGACACAACAUUACUAUUUAAAAAUGUAUUUAAAGUAUAUUUAAGUAUUCUCCGCGAAAUUUGACACAUUUUUCCAUACGAUGGAACCAAUCAUUGAAGCAACCAUUCAUUCGGAAGUUGGGUUUCCAAAAUGGCCGUUUUAUAGGCGUCCACAGCUUCUUCAGGUGAUGAAAAUCUCUGACCACGCAAUUUAUUCUUUAUUUUAGGGAAAGUAUAGAAAUUAUUAGGGCUUAGGUCGGGGCUGUACGGCGGAUGGUCUAAUAAUUCUAUGUUUUCUUGCUCUAAAAACUCUUUUGUUCUGUGCGCGGUGUGAGAACUCGCAUUGUCGUGAUGGAGGAUAAUGCGGCGGUUGCAGUUCUCUUUACGGAGUUCAGAAACGCCCUGUGGCAAACAAAUGCUAGCAUACCAUUCUGCAUUAACCGUUCUUUGUCGCUCAACAGGAAUAGUCUCAACAUGGCCGGUUUUGGAGACAAACGUGGCCACCAUUUUUUUUGCAACACUUCGUAACGAACAGUUUUUGUUGGCUUGAACUCAUUUUCGAACACCAAAACUCGUGACUGGUUUUUUGUUUCGGCUUCGUACUCAUAUAUCCAGGAUUCGUCACCUGAUACGAUUUAGUAUACAGCAUUUGAGGAUCCUGCGUGGAAUCUUUCGAGAGUUCUGACGCACCAAGUAACGCGAGCCGCUUUAUGCUCUUCACAGAGCAAAUGCGGUAUCCAUCGGGAAAACAACUUUUUUACACCUAAUUGUUCAUGCAAGAUUAUUUGUAUUUGACUCAUGCCAAUGACUAAAGUUGCCUGAAUUUCGCGGUAUGUCACAUGUCGAUCUUCCUCAAUCAGCUUACGCAACGUUUUCUUUGGUGACUGCAGUUUUUGGACGACCUUCACGGGGAUCAUCACUGAGCUUGACACGUCCACGUUGAAAUUCAGCAAACCAGCGAUAUAUUGUGGUUUUGGAUGGGGCUUCAUCACCAAAUGCAGAAAUCAUCCGGUCAACACACUGUUUUUGUGUUAAACCACUUCGGAAGUCAUAAUAAAUCAUUGCUGUAGAAUUUUCUCGAGUCAAUUCCAUUUUCUCCACGACUAAACCAGUUUGAAAAGAUCUUGUGACAAGACCGAGAAUCUUUUUUUAAAUAAAUAAAUGGUAUUCGAUUUUUAAAACCAUGGAGUUUUCAAUUAAAAAGAUUUAAAUAUGUCAGGAACAGUGGGAAUAUUCCAUUCCCGAUACUUUUAGUGCAGCCCUCGUAUAACUUUAUGGUUAUUUUUUGAAACCAACUCACUGUUAUCCCUUUAUUAGUGCAGAUUCGUCUUAACUACCUUUAAUUAUUAAAAGGUUUCCAAAUCUCUAAUAAUUUUAUACUCAUUUAUUUCAGAUUGCGGUGCAAACUGUAAAACAUUAUUUCUACAUCUUGAACUUUUUAUAUGAAAGUAGUCACUUUUUUUUAUAUAAAAGAGGGGGCAAGAGACUUACAUGCUAGGAAGUGGUGAGGCAACCCCCCCAGUGAUAUCCGCAAAACCAGGGGUCAAAAGAUGAGUUGCUAGCCAUAUGCUCUUAUCUUGAAGGUCCCUGAGUCGUAUCAGUUCGGGAAAACUGCAGCUCGUAAUUGAUUCCACAAAGUGGCUGUGCGAGGCAUUCACAUUUUGACGUGUCCGGGGGUGAAAUGCGGCUACAGUUAUAAACCUGAUAAUCUCUUCUGAGAACUCCUCCUGAUGAAUGAGAUAGAAGAUGCAGUGAGAACCCACAUCUCUAUCUCAGGCCAAAGAAUCAAGCCGAUUGGAGAUGACUUGAUCAUAAAUGAUUUGAGCCGCUCUUCAUUGUAUGUGGUGUAGAAACAGGGUGAGAACUCCAUGUGAGUCCCAAUUUGCAUCUUAUAUAGUUGCAGGCGGAUACUAGCUGUGACAGUAGGAGAAAUGAUCUCGAAUCGAAGCGAUACGACAAAGGAAGACUUUAGCAGUGAACUCACAAACUUGUGUCACCUUAAAUUAUCGACUUUUAUCGCGUUUAUUUAUCGACUGACUGCUUAGUAGCAUCGCGCGCGCAGGCGCCGGCCACAUACGGCUAUGUAUGCAUAACAAUUUUGACGGCACCUUUCCGAGACUUUGCAUAGCAUAUAUUUCAGACACAAGUUAAUUCCGGUUCUUGUCGAUGCUAACGCAAGAGAUGUUUGUAUAUCCUGUCUGCCGCCACAGCAAUGAAUACUGCUUAUUUGCAGGAUAUCAUUGAUAUGCAGUCGCAAAAGAAACAAUGUAGGAGAUAAUGCGCAGCCUUUCGGGACACCAGCGUUUAUGGGUUUUAAGUCAUCUUCCCUGUGCAGUGAAAGAAUGGCAGCCUUGGAUAGACUUGGCGAGUAACCACAACGCACGAGUUCCCGAGGGAAGGGAAAAACUUUCACAAAUGGAUGGUAGUAUUUAACUUUCAACAAGUGAUAUCACAUUUGAAAAAUAUAUUUGAACUUGAAGUCAUUCAAGUUUCUCGACAAUUCUGCCUAUAUGCUUCGACUCUGCACUGACAAUAAUCAGUUUGUGGGAUCUCGAGGCGUGAUUGUACCCAGUGUGUUUUAAGUUCAUCGAUACUUUCAUACUUAGAUUAGUUAAUGUGGUAGUACCACAUUACCUGUGACCUGCCAUCAAUAGGUACCGAGACGGUUGGAUUUAAGAGUUCUAUACGUUGAAAUCGCUAAGAAUUACGAUAUCUUCGGUGGGCAUCUGCUCCAACACGGAAUCUGUAGCCAUUUGGAUGUGCUCAAGGAGCCGGUCAGUCUCCGCGUUACCGCUAUGGGACCUAUGCGCAUAUUCGUGGAUGGUCAUCGACAGCCAGAGAACGGAUAGGUCCUGUCCUGUAGAACACAUCCUCUCUGACUGAUUAUUAUUAAUUAAUGUCUCUGAGAAAGAGGAUCUAAAGAUUAGGUACUGUUUAGCAAUAUUAAAUUAAUAACUUAAAUUAAUUUUGAAGCGAAGCUUUUAUACGGAACUUCGGCCCGCUCGUCGGGGCUGUCUACAUCUCUAGGUUCAAAUAACAAUUUGAUUUCAAGUUUCAGGCAGACUUUUAAUCAUGUUUAUCUUUGUAUAGAGAUAUAAUCCUAUCAGGCUUUGUCAAAGGUGUUUUGACAACAGGAUUUUCACGUCUCAAAACAGUAGCCCAUUGGGCUACCUAUAUACUGAUUAGGGAGAUAAUAUUAUUAUGUCCAUUUUACAAAAUAACUUUUCACUACCCUCAAAUAGUGUCUAGUUCUGUCUGCCGGCAGAAAUAUUAUCAAAUCAGUUUUGUUAAGAUUAUUACACACGACAUAUGCAAGAUAAAAUUCGAAUGAUACAUUUGCUUACUAUAAUAACACGAUGAGUUCAGCUCAAGGAAAGUCCAUAUUUUAUUGAUAAUUCAUAUAAAUUAUUUUCCCACCCUCUUCUUCAACCUUCAGGCAGCAAAUAAAAGCUUUUGACUUCAAGUUAUGAACUCUAACUUCUACUCUAUUUUCUUCUUUUUUUUCAACAAAUGUAUGCAUAUGGAGCAUAUAUCCCUAGGUAUAAAACCAAAUUGAAUACUGUGUCAAAAAUAUCUUAAAACUAAAAAAAGUGGACAUAUAUCUACCUAGUUUUGACAUAAUGACAAACCAGCGCUGCAGCCAUUAUUGGUUUACAGCACAAGCUGAGCAUCGGCCUUUUCUUUUGCCACACAGCAUAUUUAGUUAAGUUAGGAUUAGGAAUAUAUAUUAACCCCCUUAUUCAUAAUAGUCUGCUAACUUAAAGCAUUGCUAAUUCUCACUCUGUCUUCUUCUAUUGACCUAAGUCAGAAUGAGAAAAAACACUCCUUAGCGGCUGUUUAAAGUUAGCGGACCAUUAUGAAUAAGGGGGUAAGUAUUUAGAUUGUAUUUUUUAUGUGUGUGGCAUGGAACACAUUUUUCUUUCUGUCUUACAUUAUACCGCUGAUUAUAUAAAACUGGAACUGUUUAAAUAAAAUUAAGAUGUUUA